GAACAGAGAUGAAGCCAUCAGUUAAGUUUACACACACAUACGAACAAAAAUCUAAACAUAUGAAUGAAAAUUGAAAAUUGUUUCUGAAUUCCCAAUUUCCAAGGUAAACUAAAAGUGAAAAACUUAUCGUCCUUUGCAUUGAAAAAUAUCAAUUACAACAUCGAGAAGUUGGAAUAAAUGAUGCACUAAUGUUGCUGUGAAAAUCAUCACCGCCGUGAAGGGGGAAAUCAAUGGAAGCAGGAAAAUACACUCAGCAAUUGAAAUUAGGUGGUUUAUGAAAGUAUUGUGAAGCUUGAGAACAACACCCAUAUCAACAAAACAAAAGUAAAACGUAACCACCUUCCAAAAAUGGAGACCUUUGAUGUCAAUGACGAAAACAGCUGGUAUUUUGGGCCAAUGUCACGUCAGGACGCCACCGAAAUACUGAUGAACGAACGGGAGCGAGGUGUGUUUUUGGUGCGUGAUAGCAAAACCAUAACUGGGGACUACGUCCUGUGCGUACGGGAAGACACCAAAGUUAGCAACUACAUUAUAAAUAAGAUACACAACCAUGACAUGACCCUCUAUCGUAUAGGCGAUCAAUCAUUCGAUAGUUUGCCCGAUCUCCUAACGUUCUACACAUUGCACUAUUUGGAUACCACUCCGUUGCGGAGGCCAGCCGCUAAGAAAAUGGAACGCGUAAUAGGGAAAUUUGAUUUCGAUGGCAGUGAUCAGGAUGAUUUGCCGUUUAGGCGUGGUGAAAUAUUGACCAUCGUAAGAAAGGAUGAGGAUCAAUGGUGGACGGCCAAGAAUGCUCUAGGUCAAAUUGGACAAAUUCCGGUGCCCUAUGUACAAAAGUACGAUGAUAGUAACGAGGAUCAUCAUGUAAUGGAGAGGCCAUCGUCGGGAAAUUGUGGUGCCAGUGCUAAUAACAUAAUGAGACAGCAGCGGGUAGCAUCGGGUGGUGAACCAGUCCCAUCGCCGCCAGCGUGCCAUCAAUUGAGUAAUACGCUAAAAAAGUCGGACUUGAAUCGCAAGUUACCAGCAUACGCUCGAGUAAAACAGGCCCGGGUGCCAAAUGCAUAUGACAAGACCGCUCUCAAGCUGGAAGUGGGCGAUAUAAUAAAGGUCACAAAGACUAACAUCAACGGCCAGUGGGAGGGAGAGUUAAAAGGCAAAAAAGGUCACUUCCCCUUUACACAUGUCGAAUUCAUCGAUGAUUGUGAUCCCAAAGACAAUGUCCAGGCGGCGGACGAGCAUACACAUACCAACAAUGAUUGGGGAGAAUAAAAAAUUGAAGGUCGUGGUCAUCGAUGGCUAUGAGGAUGGACCCAUUGAUAAUCGUGUAUAAAUAAAUAGAAACCGAAAAUAAAACAAACAAUGACAAAAGUGUACAACAAAUCACAAGAAAAAUACAAAA